GUGUAGCGCACCCUUGCAUAUUUGACACCACCCCCAGGUGUAGGGGUGGCACGCCGCUUCUGGGCGACGACCUAGCAACCCUCACAUAUUUUUCACUACAGCCGGGCUUAAGAGGUGUAGCGCGUCGCUGAGAAGAGGACGCCCCCACGAUUUUCCAUUGUCGAUUCAUGUCAUGAUAUGUGACUUAGUUUUACGCUGGCCGCCACCAACCUACCGCAACCCUCCUCCUUUAUCCGGGCUUGGGACCGGCAGUGAAUGCCGCAUACGCGACACUCACAAGUAAAUGCCGCAUAAGCGACACUCACAGGCGGAGUUUUGCUGAAACUAUACUGUAAUUGGUAAAAUAACCCCCAAUUUGAAUUAGUGAAAAAUUAGGGUUCGUGUGAAAAUCAAAUUGGGGAUUUUGUGAUUGUUAGUUGGUUUGACAAAUCAAGCUUAUUGAGUGGUAAUUACCUUGAUGAAAACCUAAUUCCUACCGUUUUAUUUGACAAUUGUAGGGAACAUGUCAUUCAUGAGUGGGCUAAUAUUGCUGCUGUACGAAUGUAAGUUGAGUUGAAUGUUGUUGCUGCUGCUGUAAGCUCAGUGGACUUGCUGAACCAUCCGAACGUGCUGCACCAUAAUAAGCUCAUAAGAAAAAAAAAAACAUGUUGAAUCAGAAAAAUCAUGCAAUUUCCAUUUCCCGCCAAAUAACUGCAUUUGCAUCCCACCUUGUUCGUUUCAAUUGCACGCAAAUUCAUCAUCAAUCUCCAUCGUUUUACUCUUCAGUUCUCAAAUCUAUAAAAAAUCCCACAAAUCUAUUUCCAUUACAUGCUCAAAUCGUCACUACUGGCGCAACUUUCAACCAUGUUUCUCUCUCCAACAAUUUGAUGAAUGCCUAUGUUUCUGCUGGUCUGAUCUCCAAUGCCCAGAAAGCUUUUGAUCAAAUUCCAGACAAAAAUGUUGUUUCUUGGACAAUUUUGAUAUCUGGGUUAACAAAAAGAGGGUUUUAUGACGAGGGUUUGGAAUUAUUUGGGAAAAUGGUGGGAAGUGGGUUAAUGCCCAACGAGGUUACUAUUUCAAGCAUUUUGCCAGCUUUUGCGAAUUUGGGUUUGAAUUUGAUGGGUAAAUCGGUUCAUUGUUUCUGGGUUCGUUGUAGAUUUGAGCAUAAUGUUGUCGUGGAGACGUCUUUGGUUGAUAUGUAUUGCCGUUUCGGGCGCAUUAUUGAUGCCCGGACUCUGUUUGACGAAAUGCCUGUGAGAAAUAUUGUUUCUUGGAAUGUUAUUAUUUCAGGGUAUGCUAACAAUGGAAUGGGUAAUGAUGCACUGUACCUUUUUAAUUUAAUGCGAAAUAAUGGGGUUUCAUUAGAUUAUUUUACCAUCAUGAGCUUGAUUUUGGCUUGUUUUCAGUCUAGUAAAGGAAGAACUAGUAGUACGAUUCAUGGUUUGAUUAUCAGAAUAGGAUAUAGCAAAGAGCAGAAAAUUCAAACCGCUCUUAUUGAUAUGUAUACGAGUGGUAACUUCAUUAAUGAAGCUUAUGGUGUCUAUAAUGAAAUGGCUGUCAAAGAUAUGGUUGCAUGGACUUUGAUGUUGAAAGCAUUCUCUUCUGGUCAGUAUUGGAGCAAGGCCGUUCAACAUUUUCGUGAGUUGAUGCGUGUAUAUUAUAUGUCUCUUGAUUCUACUGCUCUUGUAAGCAUGAUAUCAUGUGUUAAUUGUUCAGGAGCUUUACCUCAAGGCAGACUGAUUCAUGCAUUGGUAGUUAAACGAGGGUUCAACAACGACGUGUUUGUUGGUUCUGCACUCAUUAGCAUGUAUGCAAAUUGUGGUGAUUUAGAUAGCGCGAAAAAGUACUUUAGCGGAAUGGAGAUGAAGGAUAUUACGUGCUGGAAUGCAAUGAUUAGAGCUGUGGGAGUGAACGGGAAUGGAAGUGAUGCAGUUCAUCUUCUUUGGAGAAUGGAAGAAUUGGGUGUUAAUCCAAAUGAAUCAACUUUUGUAUCUGUGUUGUCUGCUUGCAGUCAUGCUGGUUUGGUUGAUGAAGGUAUUCAGAUUUUCCAUUUUAUGGUUAAGAGAAAGGGCAUUAUUCCUAAUAAGCAGCAUUAUGCUUGUUUAGUAGACUUGCUUGGACGUUCAGGGCGAUUAGAUGAGGCCCAUUUGGUGAUAGCUAAGAUGCCUUUGCUGCCACAUUCUGGGGUUUAUGGUGCUUUAUUGAGUGCGUGUAAAGUCUACGGUAACACCAAGGUGGGAGCUGAGAUAUACCAACAACUACUCAAACUAGAUUUCACAGAUGCUGGACAUUUAUGCUCUGUUUCAAAUUUGUACUCCUCCGUGGGUGAUUGGGAGGGUACAGAGAUGUCUUAUGCAGUACUUAGAUCUAAAGGAAUGAAGAAAGAUCCCGGAUACAGUUUGAUUGAGUAAACCAGGAUGUGCUUUCAUGGUAGGAGAAUGAGACCACAUCAAGGUCAUCCACCUUGUUCAAUCCUGUUAGGAGCCGUCUCUCGAGUGGCUUCUAUGUUAAAAAGAAUACUUGAUUGAUCUGAAGUAUGCUUGGAGGACUUCUCCUCUGUACCAGAGCUAUAAGCCUUCUCCUUGAAUGUUGUUAUCAAUAGAUGUUGCUUGGUUUUGGUGUUGGAUUUAUCAAUGAGAUAAGCAAGAGUAGUCAUCCUGGAAGAGUUGCGAGUUGCAACUGAGGUUGGUAAAGCUCUCCUGAUAUAUUUGAAAAUAAGAACUGAAAGACACAAAUCAAAGUAUCUGCAGAGAGUGAGAGAUCACAGGUUGGAUAAGGGAAGUUUCUUUGAAGCCUUCAAAGAUGGGUUCUUCAGAGGAGAAACUUCCAGAAUUCUUCAAAACUUUUCGUCCAGAUAAUCAUUCUGAGACCAUG